AUGGGGCGCGUGGAGCUGGGGACAGCGAACGAGGUUCGCAAGCUCACCACGGCGCUCUCGGAGGCCGUGCGGGACUUCGUGGCGAAGAAGCGCGGAGCGUGCACCGAUGACGAGAUGAUGGAGUGGACCGCCGAGCAGCUGUCGGGCCUCCUGCGCCACAUGGACGGCGCGCUGUGCAACACCACCGCCGUGGGCGGGUCCGCGCAAGGCCCGGGCGACUCCCCGACGCGCAAGCGGCAGCGCACCGCGGCGGACGCCCCGACGGCGGAGGACGCGCAGCUCGAGCGCGAGGUCGUCGGCCUGGCCGACCGCGUGGUGGCGCUGCGCGAGACAGUGCCGGCGGUGCUGGCCGUGCACGUGUCUGAGCAGCUGCUCGCGGUGCGGCCCGCCGCGGACGGCAUCGCGAGCCUCGCCGGGGAGGUGGAGGCCGCGGACUCGGCGCGCGCGGGCGCCGCGGGGGCGCCGGCGGCGCGCGAGCUCGGGGACAAGUUCGGCGCGCUGGUGCGGCUGCUGCCGGGGCUGCGGGCGCGGCUGGAGGGCGCGGUGAACCGCAUCGAGCGCGUCGUCGCGGCCGUCGAGGAGGAGGGCGCGCGCGACGGCGGACCAGGUGAGCCACGUGACGCGAGCAGGCAUCACGUCACGCGUGCGCGUGCGCGUGCGCCGUGCGCGGAACUGACCCGCAGCGCCCCGAGCGCCGCUUGCCUGCAGCCGUGCCGGAGCCCUUCGUGCACCCGGCGUCGCUCGCGACCCCCGUCGCGGGCACCGUCAUGCCGGACCCCCAGGCCCUCAUCACCCCGCCACGGCCCAAAGCAGGGCCCACCGCCGCGGAGAAGGAGGGCGUCGUGUCGCCGGCGUUCAAGCAGGCGAUGGAGGCGGGCAUGA